CAGACCCCGUUUGAAACAUUAACAGGCGGCUGUGGGAUUGAGAAUGCAUCUAACACCACAUUUUCUGGUGUCCUAGUACCGCGCAUUAUGUCGUGAGUGCGCGCGUGUGACUCGCACUCUCCAUUGUGCUCGGUCCCUGCGCUGCGUGACCGUUCGUGAAAGGUGAGCGGUGCUGUUGGGAGCUCUUGCACAACUCUCCAGCCGAACCUGGAGAACAGCCAUGAACAGUCCGCUGAGCCCUUCUCCGUCCCGAUGGUUCAAAGCGAUGCGAAGGACCAGGCUGGGGGAGCCCUGUCUGAAGACGUACCCUCUUGAGUGUGUGGAUGUGCUGAGGAGGGCGAGAGUCGCCUUUCGAGCAGGACGGACCAUCACAGAGGUCUUCAGACUGGCUCAGCUGGAGGCUGUGGUGCGGAUGCUUGAGGAACACGAGUGUGACUUUGUGGAUGCUCUUGGAAGGGACCUCCAUAAGCCAAUGUUUGAGACAGUUGUGUCAGAAUUGAUUCUGGUCAAGAAUGAAGCACUUCAUGCCAUCAACAACCUGAAGAAGUGGAUGCAGCCGCAGCACGUGGAAAAGAACCUGUCCACCACGUUGGAUGAGUGUCUUAUAUUGAGUGAGCCGCUGGGGGUGGUGUUUAUCAUGGGGACCUGGUGCAGUCCAGUCCAAACGUGUCUGGUGCCGCUGGUAGGGGCCAUCGCAGCAGGAAACUGUGCAAUCAUCAGCCCCUGUGAGUGCACCGCUCACACAGCAGAGCUUCUUCAUCGUCUCAUCCCCUUCUACUUGGACAAUGAAUGUUUCCAUGGGAUUCUGGCUGGCACGAUUGACUUGCCUGAAGUUGUGGAACUUAAAUUCGACCAUGUCUUUUUUACAGGCAGCAGGGAGGAGGGAAGCAGAAUUGCUCGGGCUGCAGCGAGUACAAUCACACCCGCCACCCUGAUUUUAGGUGGCAAGAACCCGUGUUAUGUGGACCAACACUGUGACAUUUCCAUCACCGCACAACGCAUCGCUUGGGCAUGUUUUCACAACGCUGGACAGAGCUUGGUGGCUCCUGGCUACAUCCUGUGCCACACGGAUGUCCAACCACGGCUGGUACAGGCCCUGAAGUGCUGCUUGAUGCAGUUCUACGGCUCUGAUCCCAGAGAGUCCCGCAGUUAUGGCCGCAUGGUCAAUCUAGAGAUCUUCAACCGUACAAGAGACAUGCUGUGGAGAUCUGGCAAGGUGGCUGUGGGUGGCCAAGUGAUAGAAGCAGAGAAAUAUAUCGCCCCAACGAUUUUGACGGGGGUGACAGAAUCAGAUUCCAUCAUGCAACAGGACAUUUUUGGCCCAGUUCUUCCUGUUCUGACUGUAAACAAUAUGGAGGAAGCAAUUGCCUUAAUUAAUAAGCAGGAGAAAGCCCUCUGUGUGUAUGCAUAUUCCAGCAACAGCAAGGUCAUCUCAAGGCUAAUGAGUGAGACCUCUAGUGGAAGCUUCUGCUCCAAUGACAGCAUCCUGCAGAGUCUGAUGGUGGCUCUGCCAUUCGGUGGAGUUGGUUCCAGUGGAAUGGGUUCCUACCAUGGCCGCAACAGCUUUGAUACCUUCUCUCACAGGAAGUCAUGCCUGCUAAGAGGCACGCGGUUUGAGUGUGUAACCUAUCUGCGUUAUCCACCCUAUGAGGACCGCAAUCUGUCUCUAAUGACAUGGGCCAGUACCCUGUCCCAGAAGAGCCAGGGCUGGUGCCAGAUCCUGUGACGGCGUGGGAGGGUGAUAACAGAGCCAUGUUGGAGGAAAGCCGAGUGUCCCUGAAGUCCUGACGGGCAAAUUUAUUAAAAAUACAUGAGAACAAAACCUAGUGGGCUGCAGCCAUAUCUAUCAGAGGGAGAGCAAUAUAAAUAGUGGUUGUUCAAUCCCUGGGUGAUGACAAUUAAAACCCAACAAGACCAAGAGAUGUUCUGCAGUAUUUGAAGAUCUCAGCUGCAGUACAACCAACUCAAAGUGUGCCUGUUUGAUGAAUGCAAAACAAAGAUGUACAUGUAUUGACUGAAUGGUUUAAGAUUUUGCCACAGUGAAGUUUAUUACUGCCUUUAUUGUCACAUGCUAAGAAGAAAGUUGCAUCAAAAUAAGAACAAUUUUGCACCACAUGUUUUUAUUGAUAUAUUUACAAUAACAGUUAAAUCUCUGCAACACCAAGCAUCCCCAAAAAUUAUUCUUCAAGUGGGAUCUGGUCAUUCGGGUCUUUUGUAGAUUGUCUCCUCGUUGCCGUCUUUCAUUGCUGCAUAUCUGGCCGCGGUGAACAAGUAGUCGCUUAAUCUGAGUAAAAAUGUUGGGACAAUUAUCGAAUGUGCAACAGAGAAACCCAUGUUGUCAUAUUAAUUUUUAAAGCACUGGACUGACCUGUUCAGAAACUUGGCAACAUCCGGAUCGGCCUCGCCUGUUCUUACAAUUGGAGCAACACUAGAACAAGGACAAAGAUCUAUCAGAACCUGCUGAGCCGCAAAAGCAAGACAAUGGGGGUCAUUUUAUGCAACGGACCUGCGUUCUGCCCUCCGACACACUGUCCGAGCCAAGUGCAAAGCGGCGCUGCCCUUCCCUCCUGACUGUGAAACGCAUAGCAAAAGUAUCAGUGCAACAAGAAAACCUGGGCCAUCAUUAGACCUGUAUCUCACAAAUGGGCUUACAGGUAAUAUGAAGUUGGUCAGUGGAGGGAGUUCUUCUGUAAAUUUAUCAAUCCAGUUUUCCAGGUCUGCAAUUGGCUGUGCAGUAAAUGUAGUUUUCUCUGACAAAAACGGAACAGAAAAAAAUAAACCCAUGAGAUCUUCAAGAGAAGGCAAUAUUGUACUGCAUUAAACAAGCCAGCAAGCGCAUACUUAUGUGACUUUCUCUUGCAGACGAUCGAGGCGUGGCAAUAUUGGAGCCCACAUCUUGUAAAAUGCACUGUAUCUGCAAUGAAUGAAGCAAAAAUACUGUCAUGAAUCUUAUAUCUGGCUCAUGUACAAUGUC